GUGUGGCGUCAUCACGCCCCCAGCCCCGCGGGAUGGGGAAGGCGGGUUCGCGGGAUCGCGCGAGAGUUCGUUUGAAAGAUGGCGGACGAGGUGGACCAGCAACAGACAACCAAUACCGUAGAAGAGCCACUGGAUCUCAUCAGGCUCAGUCUAGAUGAACGAAUCUACGUGAAAAUGAGGAACGAUCGAGAGCUUAGGGGGAGAUUACAUGCUUAUGAUCAGCACUUAAAUAUGAUUUUGGGUGAUGUGGAAGAGACUGUAACAACAAUAGAGAUUGAUGAAGAAACGUAUGAAGAAAUUUAUAAAUCUACCAAGAGGAAUAUUCCGAUGCUCUUUGUCAGAGGUGAUGGCGUCGUGCUUGUAGCUCCUCCGUUGAGGGUUGGCUGAAACUGCAGAGGAUUUACCAUGUUGGACAGAUUCAGGCAUUGGGAGAAUGGUUUCUCUUCAGUUCACGCUUCCCUUUCAAACUGUUUAUAUUUUUAUAGGAUAUUAUCAUUUUGUGGUUUGGGGUUUUUUU